AAGUUAGCGUGGAACAUAACAAACGUAACUUGCUACCCGGACAGCCGACUGUGUUUACCUCACGUUGUCGUAGUACCUUUUACCUGUACCUGGUAUAAGGUAGACGUUGUAAAAAGAAUGUAAACAAUGGCGGCAAAUCCCCAUGGCGCUAGUCCGACUUAUUCUGGACAAGGCCAAUCCAACAAUCAGUAUUGCGCUGUACAGCAACAGCGUCUAUGCACUGGACAUGUGCAACAACAACGAUCAAUAAGUGAGUGCUCGACAACAGAGCUCCUUCCGCAGGUGGACAAUAAAAGAGGUAGAAAACCUUGUUGCAGAAUUUACUGGGUGAUCUGCGCUUUGGUUUUUCUAAGUAUCGUCCUCUGUAUUGCUCUUUCAGCAUGCGUUGCAGUCCUUUUUUCACAGGUAGGAAACAUGAAAGAAAACAUCCAAAGAUUAGAAAGGCAAAAUGAUGCCAGCGAGAAGAUUUGCCAGCAAUGUGCUGAAUUGAUGGUAGGUCCGUUUGACGACGACAAUCCGUACCUAAGUGAACUUGACAGAGAAGGAAACAUCUGCUGUGCAUCAACGCCGAAACAAACGAAGAUUAUUCUGGAUUUGAUGUAUCAGAGACAGAGAAGAAUUUCUGACAUCAUUGGUAACAGACAAUCCAACCAAUCAAAAUGCUGCAAUAACUCGCAAUCUGAUACGCCGACUUCUGGUACGAGAUCUGCCCAUGUUCUUGUUGGACUGCAACGACUGAAGGCAGGACGGAACAGUGGAAUCGAACCCAUUCGAAGCUGGGACCGGUCCGACCCUACGUCCCAUAUUGACGGGGUACAAUUUGACAACAACACACUGAUUAUCACGGAUGCGGGACUAUACUUGAUCUACAGUCAGAUAUGUUUCUCCGUGCGUGACACAGGUAAUUUUGAAGAGGGUACCAUUCCUUUAUUGUACCAUUACGUGUAUCGAUACAACGUCAUAUAUCCUAAUGGUGGCAACCAGCUCCUGCUGAAGAGUGUCAACGCUCAGAGGAUUGAACCUUCUAGGGACUUUGGUGAUCUCACGAGCUACACUUCCGCAGCGUUGAUGCUCAAUAGAGGCGACCAGAUCUAUGUCAAGGUCUCCAAUUUGUCGUAUGUGUCACGUGAUCAGAAGGCAAGCUUUCUCGGCGUAUUGAAAAUGAAGGGAAGCUGAAACAAUGAUUAUGUUCGUCGUUGAGUGCAUACCGCUGCAGAUUUACUACUCGACAUUUUAUCGUCCAAUCACAUUGUACGUAUUAAACUUAUUGCGGCAUUUCAAGACCGACUGGUUUUUUUUUAUCAAGCUAUGUCUGAGUGAGCGAUGAAAAUGGCAAAUCGCUGUACAGGUAAACGAUACAAAUCGCUCACUCAGUCAUAGCUUGGCAGAGGGACCAGUCCGUCUGGUAACGUCUAAUGCCUGCAUUUUUUGUCCAUAAAGUAAAAUGUUGAUGCUACACGUUCCCAACUGAUGAAUCUUACUGAAGAUUUUACUAGAGAUCCUCGAGCGUAAAUACAACAUCUGUUAUCUUAUAAUUAAAUUAGACAUGCUGCAAAAUAGAUGAAAAUUAUAAGACUAUUUGCUAACAUACUGGUAAGGAUAGCUAUUGUGAAGCUCCACAUUUUAUAUUCGCUUUGAUUCGAAUGUUUCUUUGUUUUCUAUUAUCUAGGCUUUGUUAUUUUACUUCGAAAAACAUUAAAGUAUAUAUAUUUUUUAA